ACAAUUAUAAAAGGCGGCAGUCCUUAACAGCGAUCAGACCUGCCUAACUCCGCCUGAGGACAGAACAGCUCAGAGUCUCUGCUGCCAACUCACAGGAAGACAUGGUGUCAAUCAAAGCUUCAGUGAUGGUGAUCACACUCCUUACCAUUUGUCUGCUGGCCACAAAUGCAUCUCCAGUGCAUCAUGGAUGUUGUCGAAGUUACAUGAAAAACAAAAUACCAUGUUUUAAAAUCAAGGGGUACUCCGUCCAGACAGUCACAGAGCUGUGUCCGAUCAAUGCCAUCAUUUUCCACACAGGGAAGGGUAAAGCAUGCACCAACCCUGCUUUGAACUGGGUGAUGGAUUGUGUCAACCGUUUAAGGAAUAAAGCACACAUUGUUCACAUGAAGUCCACAAAAGCUGAUAUUUGAAGAGAGACGUGGAGCUGUUUUCCUGCCUGUUACCCAAAAACCAAUGAUGUUUCACAGUUUGGCUAUUCAGUAACUGAAUUCAGAAACCACUGACAAUGAAUUAAAACAUGUUUUAU